AUGGAGUGGAGUUUUCUGGUUUAUUUCAGCACCAUCUUUUUACCAAUUUUAAUCUUCAUAUCCUACACUAGAAAGCCAUAUCAAAAAAAUCUACCUCCAGGACCUCCUGGAUGGCCACUAUUUGGUCACACUUUCAAACUUGGAACCACAGCCCAUAAAACUAUAGCCGGGUUCAAACAGAAGUAUGGCCCCAUUGUGUGGUUAAAGUUAGGUUCAGUUAACACCAUGGUUAUACAAUCUGCAGAUGUAGCAGCUGAAUUUUUCAAGAACCAUGAUCUUUCAUUCAUAGACCGCACACUUGUUGAUACCAUGAAAGCGCUUAAUUUCCACAAGGGUUCAAUGGCCUUGGCUCCGUAUGGCAUAUAUUGGCGUCUCAUGAGACGGAUCUGUACUGUGGAAUUGUUUGUUAACAAAAGAAUUAACGAAACAGUUGUUGUCAGGCAAAAGUGCGUUGACAAUAUGCUCUUAUGGAUCGAAAAAAAAGCAAAUACUGAGGAGGGAAGAAGGAAUGGAAUUACUGUGGCACUAUAUGUUUUCUGUGCGUCAUUUAACACGAUGGGGAACCUAAUGUUGUCCCGGGAUUUGGUGGAUCCAGAGUCGAAAGAGGCCUCGGAAUUCUUCAACGCCAUGAUGGGAGUAACAAAAUGGGGUGGCUAUCCCAAUAUUUCAGAUUUAUUCCCUUGGCUCAGAUGGCUUGACUUGCAAGGUCUAAGGAAAAAAAUGGAUCGUGACAUGGGAAAAGCACUGGAUAUUGUUUCAACAUAUGUGCAGGAACGUAUAGAAGAUCGCAAGGCAGGUAGAGAAUCAAGCAAAGACUUCUUGGACGUGUUGCUUGAUUUUGAGGGAAGCAAGAACGAACCUGCCAAAUUAUCAGAAUGGGAGAUCAAGAUAUUCAUACUGGAAAUCUUCCUCGGUGGUUCAGAGACCACUAGCAGCUCAGUUGAGUGGGCAUUGACGGAGCUCUUACGCAACCCAGAAAUAAUGGAUAAGGCAGAAGGAUUUGUCCAGGUCUUCCAUUAG